AUGUCAGAAAAGUCAUUGCUCGUCGGCCCCGCCGCCCUCCUCGUCUGGGGCAGCGUCGACAAAACCCAAGUCGCCGAAGCCGCCUUAAACGCCUGGUGGACAAAUGAACACCUCCCCGAACGCCUCUCCAUCCCCGGCUUCCAGCGAGCGCGCCGCUACAUCUGCCAAAACGAUCCCCAGCAAUCGACAAAGUACUUGACCUUCUACGAAGUCUCCAAGCUGGAUGUCUUGACCUCUGAAGCCUACAUGGACAAACUCAACAAUCCGACUGCGGGGACGAAACAGCAUAUCCCAACACUGGCGACAAUGCAGAGAGCGGCUUGUCGGCUGGUGUACUCGGAGACGAGGAGUGAACUGCGGAGUAUUCGCUCUGGUGGUGGCUGCGCGUUGGCGAUGAGUGUCGUCUCGCUUCCACCGGAUGAUCAGGCUGGUAAUAAACUGCCUGCGGAACUCUCUCCAGCGUUCAAGGAAAUGGAGAGUGACAGGAGUGUAAUGGCAUUGCAUCUCUUUCGAGAGGAUGUAGCUGCGACGGCACCAGGGAGUCAAAGCCAGUCGUAUAUCUACGGGAAUCUGCAGCAAAACCAGCGAGUGGAGACGGUGAAGUGGAUCGUAUUGGUUGAGUUCUCCCAGCCAGGUGGUAGUCAAACAGCAUUGAGGCCGAUCAUCGAUAUAUUAUCCAGAUUGACUGACGAGCGAGUCGCGGCGUUCGACAUGUACGACUUCAUGUGCAGCGCGGAGUGA